AUGAAUGAAUCAAUAUAUGAUGUUUUACAUUUAUUCCCCCUGUGUCAAGAAAUUAUACACAAGAAUAUAGUUAAUAUAGACCAUGCAAGUGAUAUAUGGAAACAUGCAUGUAAUAGUAAUGGUGAUAAAAGUAAAAUACAUUAUUUGAAAGAUGAUUACUUAAAAAGUAAAAAUAUAUGUACCAUAGCUAUGUUAUAUUUAGUUGAUAUUCAAUCUAUAAAGGAAGACACAUUAACAGAAGCAGGUUGUAAAUACUUUUAUUAUUGGUUAUCUUAUAAUUUUAAAGAUAUCAAAAGUAUUGAAGAUAUUACAUAUAAUUAUAAAGCUUUCCUUAAAAUAUAUAAUGAGGUAUUAAAAAGUGUUAAUGGCAAUCAUAAGUGCAAUAAAUAUAAUGAUGUCAUUGCAGCAGAAGAUUUUCAUUUACUGAAAGCUAUACAUGAUAUGCACACAAAAUUUAAUAAUAUUAAUUUGUUUGAGGAGGAAUAUUCAAAAAAUAUUAAUUUUUAUAACACAGUAAAGAGCUACGUAGAGCAAUAUAAUUACAGAACUAAAAAUAAAGUUAGUAUAAUCAGUGAAAUUAGAGAACCUUCAGAAUUCCCAUUAGUAAGUAAUUGUCAAUAUAGUAUUGGAAAGUUUACAACCCUUGGAUCAUAUAUUUUUAACGCAAUACUAAGAAAUAGGAAUGAGUGGAAUAAUGUAUAUAAUGAAGUAAAUAUAAUGAAGCCAUAUGAAAUAUCGAGUAGUAUUUCUAGUGAUAAAAGAUAUAAUGUAUUAUAUAACUGUGAUUAA